GGCACAGCCAUGGCGGCGGCGGCCGAGCGGAGCCGCCUCAGCUUCCCUGGCGGCACCGGGGCCCUGGGGCGCCCCGUGCCUAUGAACCUCUUCGCCACCUGGGAGAUCGACGGCUCCAGCCCCAGCUGCGUCCCCAGGUUGUGCAGCUUGACAUUAAAGAAACUGGUAGUCUUAAAGGAAUUGGAUAAGGAGCUUAUUUCUGGGGUCAUUGCUGUCAAAAUGCAGGGCUCCAAGCGCAUCCUGCGCUCCCACGAGAUCGUGUUGCCCCCGAGUGGACAUGUGGAGACGGAGCUUGCACUGACCUUCUCACUGCAGUACCCUCACUUCUUGAAGAGAGAAGGCAACAAGCUCCAGAUCAUGCUGCAGCGGCGCAAGCGGUACAAGAACCGAACCAUUUUGGGCUACAAGACCCUGGCUGUGGGAUGCAUCAACAUGGCUGAGGUCAUGCAGCACCCCACAGAAGGUGGCCAGGUUCUGAGCCUUUUCAGUAACAUCAAAGAGGCUCCAGUGAAGGUGGCAGAAAUCUGGAUCUUCUCCUUGUCAAGUCAGCCAAUCGACCACGAAGACAGCACUAUGCAGGCCAGCCAGAAAAUCAAGUCUACAGACAACUAUUCCGAGGAGGAGUACGAGAGCUUCUCUUCUGAGCAGGAGGCCAGUGAUGAUGCCGUACAGGGCCAGGAUUUGGAUGAUGAUGAGUACGAGAUGGGGAAGCCCAAGAAGCAGCGGAGAUCGAUAGUAAGAACGACGUCCAUAACCAGGCAACAAAACUUCAAACAGAAGGUUGUGGCAUUGCUGAAGAGGUUUAAAGUGUCUGAUGAGGUUCUGGAUUCAGAGCAGGACCCAGCAGAGCACGUUCCAGAGGUGGAGGAGGAUUUGGACCUUCUGUAUGACACGCUGGAUAUAGAGAAUCCCAGUGACAGCGGGCCAGAAAUGGAGGAUGAUGACAGUGUCUUGAGCACUCCAAAGCCAAAGUUAAAACCUUACUUUGAAGGACUGUCACACUCCAGCUCUCAGACAGAAAUUGGGAGCAUCCACAGCAUCAGGAGCCAGAGAGAGCCACCAAGUCCUCAGGUAGAAGUGCCUGAAAAGACUAAGAGUCUUGGAACCAAACAUGCAGGCGACAGUGUUUCUGACACUGUCCCUUAUGAGUCUAACCAGCAAACUGAGGUCCAGGAGGCUGAACUCCCCACUCCAGAUGUGUUUGUGGAGAAGCUCCCACCCAGUGGGAAGAUCACGAAGACAGAGUCCCUCAUCAUCCCAUCCACCAGCAGGUCUGAAGGGAAGCAGGCGGGGCGCCGGGGGAGAAGCACAUCGCUGAAGGAGCGGCAGGCGGUGCGGCCGCAGAACGAGCGAGCCAACAGCCUGGACAACGAGCGCUCCCCGGACACCAGGCACCACCUGCAGAUCCCCAGGAAAACAGUGUAUGAUCAGCUAAAUCACAUCCUGGUUUCUGAUGACCAGCUGCCAGAAAACAUUAUUCUUGUCAAUACAUCUGACUGGCAAGGCCAGUACCUUUCAGAUGUCUUGCAAAAGCACACCUUGCCAGUGGUCUGCACAUGUUCCUCUGCUGAUAUUCAGGCAGCUUUCAGCACAAUUGUCUCCAGGAUACAGAGAUACUGUAACUGCAAUUCACAGCCUCCAAACCCAAUUAAAAUUGCAGUGGCAGGAGCCCAGAAUUACCUCAGUGCUGUGUUGAGGCUCUUUGUGGAGCAGCUGUCUCACAAAACCCCCGACUGGCUCGGCUACAUGAAAUUUCUGAUCAUCCCUCUAGGCUCUCAUCCAGUGGCCAAGUAUCUGGGCUCUGUAGAUUAUAGAUACAACAACUUCUUCCAAGAUCUAGCCUGGAGAGAUCUGUUCAACAAACUUGAAGCACAGACCACUGUUUCGGAAGCGCCCGACGUCGUGUCCCGGAUAACUCAGUACAUAGCAGGGGCAAACUGUGCUCACCAGCUGCCCAUUGCUGAAGCCAUGCUGACCUACAAACAGAAGAGGAAAAAGAGCUUUCAUUUUGAUUUUACCAUAAGCCCUGACGAAGAAUCUUCGCAGAAGUUCAUUCCCUUUGUCGGGGUGGUGAAGGUUGGAAUAGUGGAACAGUCUUCUGCAACAUCAGGUGACUCUGAUGACGCAGCUCCCUCCAGCUCCGUUGUCCUUUCUUCCACCCCGCCUUCCGUGUCUCCUGCUGUGAAAGAAGCCUCCCCCACGCCCCCUUCCUCACCAUCUGUUACAGGCAGCUUCUCCUCCCCAAGCCAGGGCCUCGGUGCUGAGUUGAUGGGCCUGCAGGUGGAUUACUGGAUUGCAGCUCCACCCGUGGACAGGAAGAGAGAUCCAGAGAAGAAGGACCCCUCCAGUACCAAAAACACACUGAAAUGCACUUUCCGGUCCCUGCAGGUCAGCAGGUUACCGGCCAGCGGCGAGAUCGCCACCACGCCAACCAUGUCCAUGACUGUCGUGACAAAAGAAAAGAACAAAAAAGUGAUGUUUUUGCCCAAGAAAACAAAGGACAAGGAAGUUGAGUCAAAGAGCCAGUGUAUUGAAGGAAUCAGCAGGUUGAUUUGCACAGCAAAACAUCAGCAGAACAUGCUGCGUGUCCUGAUCGAUGGGGUGGAGUGGAACGACGUCAAGUUCUUUCAGCUGGCAGCACAAUGGUCCUCUCAUGUCAAGCACUUUCCCAUCUGCAUCUUUGGACACUCCAAAUCUAACUUCUAGCUGUGCUGGGCGCAGGGACCUUCUGCCCAUCCCGAGGACUGCACACCAGGAGCCAGGAACUGCGUGCCAACUCUGACUCGCCUCGCUCUGCCCUCUCCUGCAGAAUUAAUUACAGAUGUGCUUGGAUUACUUUUGAAUUACUUUUUUCUAUUAACUCUUUAAGUUUACUACAAAGGAAGGAAACCCCUUUAAACAAAGGCAAAAAACCAACAAACCAGUCUUAAAUAUAGAUGUGCUGACAACGUGAAGUCGUGGGGGAGUUGGCAGGAGCAGGCAACCUGCCCAAGAACACCUACCACUCACUUAGGAGCAGAUAGCUGAGUAACUGCACUGCUUAUUAACCUGAGACCUCAUUGGUGUGAGUGGGCUGGGGGAGCCGUGGAUCAGCUCAAACAGAUUUUGCAGAAGAUCUCGUGCGUUACCACGCGCUGGGCCCUCGCUCUGUGUUUCUAGGAGAAAAGGAUGGCCGGUCUUUCUUCCUGCUGCCAAAGGAUGAGAGAUCAGCGAGUCUGGAGGGAGUUCAGCUUCUGCUGUGGAAAACAAGGCACUUGCAGAGUUAGGGAGGUGUGGAGAGGAGAUUCCCCUUCGGAGCACGGAGCCUGCCACGGGGACAGGCAGGCGUUGGUGCUGAAGCGCUGCCUGAGGAGGGUUGGGCAGGAACAGGAAUUAGGGAAACGCUAAAAAGGAAACUCCCAUGUCCCAGGUCUUUGACAAUGACCAAACCGAGCCAGUCUCUGUGGUCCCCAGCUGGCUGUGCUGCUGAGGGGCACCACGUCAGUGGGGUCGCUGCUAUUUACAUACUCACACCCAUUAUUUACCUGUCAAUAAAACCUCGUCCAGCCUCCAAAGGGAAAGGAUUUUUUUUAACAGCUGCAGAUUUUUUUUAAUGCUUUCUAAAAAAACAAAUAAAAAUAAAAUAAAAACAAGAAAUAACAGGAAAAAUAUUAAUUUGCCAAAAAAAACCCCACAAACCCAGGAAGAUGGAGUGUUCUGUGGAGUGAUGCAUCACUGCAGGGGCUGGACUGGGAGCCAGCCAGGCACUCUGUGUGUCCAGCUGCCCCUGUGUCACACUGCUCACCUGAGGUGGCACAGGCUGCUCUGCCAGGUGCUGGGUGGGCUGUGGGGGAGCAGGAUCUUGUUGCCAUGUGGAAGAACAGACAACUCUGGCAUUUCAGGGUUGAAAUUUCUGAUGGGCCCUUUUGGGCCCUCCCCUUGUGGGCAGGCCAGGCUCUGUGAGGCACUUUCUGAGGGCAGUGAUGCUUUUGAACCUUUUCUCUUUUCUUUUUUUUCUUUUUUUUUGGUACCUGAUCCCUUACCCUUGGGUUUUUAAAGGCUUGGGGAACCUGUUUUGUGUGGGCACCACCUGGGUUCUCUUGGGCGGGUACUGGUGGUGUGCUCUGCUGGCAGGGAGGUUCUGAGGUCAGAGCUGGAUCUUGUGCCUGUUGUGCCAUCAGCUUGGGCUGCUUCACCAGCUGAUGUCGUGAAACUCUUUCCCAGCACAAGGGCAACCUGUGUGGCCAGGGCCUGGGUGUUCCCUUCAAACCAGGCAGGGCAGCAGGACACAGUCCCAGCCUGGUGGCACACUGCUGGGCAGGACACACUGUCUGGCUGCAAUCUUUGUUCUUCCUGCCUGCCCUGUGCUGGCUCCUGGCUGUGGCAGAAGCUGGGCUGUAGUGGGAUGUAGUUGUGUCCCUCAGCUGAUGUUUUUGGGUGACCUGAGCUGAUGCUCUGGGGCUGUAUAGCGUUGCCUAGCAGCAGCAGCAGCGUGGGAGAGGGUGUGUAAGCACAUCACAUCUUGAUCGAUGCUGUUGCAUAAAAAAAAAAAAGCUUUGUAAAGGAGAUUAGUCAGUGUGUGAUUUCUCCCUGGAGUCUCACGCUGGUGUGACAAGGGUGAUGGGGCUGGGUUCCAGCUGUGUGCAGCCUGGGCAGCUCUGGUGGUGCUGCUGCAAUAACUUUGUUUACUGGGGGCAAGGGGAGAACCAUCACUGUGCUCCUCUUUGUAUUUCAACCUACUGUAAAGAAAAAACCUGGUAGCUAGGACAGGGUUUCCAGAGUCCUGCCUAUCAACUGUGUGUUGCCCUGCUGUACUCUGUGCGUGUGUGUGUGUGUGUACGUGUGAGAGAAACACUUCUGCUCGUUGCAUUUCAUGUUGGUUUGUGUUUUGUUCUAACUUUAUACAAGCAAAUACAUUGGGAGACACUCUGUACACCCGAGGGCUUGAUUUCUCCCCUGUGGAAAAAUGUUGUUGCUCUGAAAUGUGUCUUCCAUGCAAGAAAACAUCCCGACUUCUCAGCCUUGUUAUCCCAGAGGGAGUCCAACAGUGGCAGGCUGGGCCAUCCUGUGCCCAGGGGUGGCUCUGGUAUUUCCUGGCCCUGGAGGCAAGGACUGGCAUGCAAAUUUGGUGGCACAGCUCUGAUCAGGUCGUUGUGCCUCUGUUGUUUCUCCCACUUUGUGGAGCCACUUUGUGCAGCUGUUUCUUUCUCUGUCUGAAGUAGGAACAGCUUUCUGUUUUUGAGGAAAAUGAGUGUCAAAGCAUGUGGCUCAGACUGGUUUGGGAAUGGAACUUUUGACCUGGUCCCAUGGAUGAAUGACUUACCUCAGGUCUCCCAACUUCCCCAACAGUUUUUGGGGGGACCUUGCUGGGAGUGAGCUCCACUGACUUGAGGUAUCCUCACUGUGGGACCAGGAAAAGUUCCUGGGGCAGCAGAGAGCCCAUGCCUGCACAGCUGUGCCAGCCUGUGGGGUUGGGUGGUCAUGUCAGUGAGUGCAGAAGGAUGGCUUAGAGCAGAGACAGCACCGCUCUGGAGGGUUUGGGCAGGGAAGGCACAUCUCAAAUGAAGAAACUCUGGGGGAUGCCUCCCAAGCUGGGUUUACUUUGGAGCUGUGUGGUCUGACAGCAAAGGCAGGGCCUGGGGUGGGCAGCACCUGAGUGGAUCUCUGGCAAGGAGGUGCUUUGAAGGUGGUGUCCCCUGCUGUGUCCCUUUCUCUGUGUCCCAUAGCUCACCCCAGCUCCCCACAGGGCCAGUAUCUCCCACUCCUCUGGCUGUGGCUUCUUGGAGCAGGGUUUCUUUCCCAGCUGCUCUGGGGAGCAUGCUGGCUGCACCAUGCUGACCUACUUCUGCAGCUCCAGAGAGCAGAUGAGAGAUGGAAGGGUUUUGUGGCAUCGUGUUGCACCUUGAAUGCUUCCUGGCCCUCUGGCUUGAGUUUCCUGGAGACGAAGGCUGGGCUUCAGCCCUGCCAGCGCUCAGUCAGGGCUGGCUCUGGUGGCGCUGGUGACGUCGGGCACAUCUCAUGUGGCUGUUGUAGCUCAGUGCUGCAGUUCCCAUCCAGUUCAAUUGUCACUUCACAUUGUCACUGCAGAAUCCUCCUGAAUUACACAUGAGUUUGGGGGAGAAUCAUGGUCUCUUUGGCUGUUUUUGCUGCUUUAAUUGGAACACAAGAUAAAGCUCGUGGCUUUAUCCUGCAGAGAGGGCAGGGGUAGGUGCCUGGGAGGUUUCUGGGCCUGAGGAGAUGUGCCUGUUUGCUUUCCAUCUCCCCCCUCAGCCAGGAACCACACAGCCCUGUGCUUAACCUGUGAUUGCAGCAAAGGCCCUGGCAUGUUUCUCCCCAACAGCGUGUGUUGGUGGAGCACUGGAGAGCCAGGGCAGAGGAUGUUGCACCUGGAGUCUCCAAGGUUAAGAGGAAAAUCAUGUCAAGAGGCAGCAGAACCAGUGGUCUUUUCCUGCUGCUUCGUGUGCUAAGGGAUUGGGAAGCUGGGAUUAGGACAGUCCUGCCAUGCAGCUGUGGAGCUUUCUUGAAGUUAGGUUGGAUGCAGUGUCUGUCCCCUUCAUCUGGGGGGGUCUUGAUCUCAGCAGAUAUUUGAGUAGUGGUGUUUUAGUGUAACACUCCCUCUGGGCUUAACCUGGCAGGAGAAGGCCAGAAGUGAGCAGCAGCAUGCCAUGGAGGUUUCCUGCAGCCUCUUCCAUGGUGUUCUCACAGGAGAUGUUCCUGGCAGGGCCGGCUCCUGCAGGAAGGAUCACUCUGGUGCUUUGGGACAGACUGGGGCAGAAGGGGACGUGCCAACUUGUAAAGCAGCAGGUUGCUGGUUUCCUUCAGGAAGAGCAUUGCUCUGGGGCCACAUGCAGGCAGCUGCUGCUGGGAGCCUUGGCUGGACAGUGGCUGUGGACGUGCCCCGGGCGUGGGGAUCACUGGAAUUGUGGGGCUGCGUGCCGCCAGGCUUGUCCGGGCCGCGGCGUGCGAGGGGAUGGUACCACUUUGUAGAUUCCCGAGCUGUCCAUCUGUUUCAUUGUUGUAUUGUUUGGGUUCUAGGGUUGUUUUUUAUGAAGACAGAUUAAAUGUAAAUAGCCUUUUUUUUGGAACAAACCGCAACGUGCUCGACCUCGUCAACUAUUUUAUGGUACUAAUGCAACACUAAUAAAACUGGACAUGAAAGCACA